AUGGUGGUUCUUCAAAAAACAUUUAAUCUGGUGUUCAGCUACAUCCUGUGUGCUUAUGUUGAGAGCAGCCAUGGAAUAAGCGUGGUGGAUAAUGGAUUUAGAGAUGUUGUGAUUGCAAUUAAACCGAGUAUCCCAUAUGAUAAGAAACUUCCUGAAAAAAUCCAGGCAAUGAUGACUGAAGCCUCCUCCUUCCUGCAUCAAGCUACCAAACAGCGGCUCUAUUUUUCAGAUGUUAAAAUCCUUUUGCCUAAAACCUGGCCAUAUAUCUCCAGCUUGGUUCAAAGACCAACUAAUCAAUCAUAUGAGAAGGCAAAUGUGAUCAUUGCUGAACCCAAUCCUCUAUACGGAGACACUCCAUACGCUCUGCAGUAUGGAGGAUGUGGGGAGAAGGGCCUCUACAUUCACCUUACGCCAAACUUCCUACUAAACGACAGUCUGGUUAAAGUUUAUGGUAAAAAGGAACGAUUGUUUGUUCAUGAAUGGGCCCAUCUCCAGUGGGGUGUAUUUAAUGAAUAUGAUGAUCAGGAGCCCUUUUACAGAUCUAGGGAUGGAAUCAUUGAGGCAACAAGGUGUUCAAAGGUGAUAAAAGGAGUUAUUAAAGAUUGCAGUGGCAGUAUCUGUUCAGACUGUACCAUUAAUAAAAAGACAGGAUUGCCAGAUGGAUAUUGUACAUUUUAUCCAGAGAAGAACCAGGAUGCAUCAUCUUCAAUAAUGUAUAAUCAAGGAUUGAAGAAUGUGCUCGAAUUCUGCACUGACAAGACCCACAAUACCGAAGCACCCAACAUGCAGAACAGUAUGUGUAAUUACAGGAGCACUUGGGAUGUGAUUAGCCAGUCAGAAGAUUUCAGAAGCAUUUCUUCACCCUAUACUGGUUCAACCAUCCCAACAUUCACACUUCUACAGGCCAAGAACCGUGCGCUUUGCUUAGUCCUCGACGUAUCAGGAAGCAUGAAAGAGGGAAAUCGCAUUGUCAGGCUUCGACAAGCUGCUGAGAUAUUCUUGCUGCAGGUCAUUGAAAAAGGAUCACAAGUUGGAAUUGUCACUUUUAACUCUGGUGCAAGCAUUAAAGCGUAUUUAAAAAAGAUUGUCAAUCCUGAUGUGAGGAAGGAUCUUGUACGGCUGCUACCAACAUUAGCUGAAGGGGGAACGAGUAUCUGUGCGGGGGUUCGAUCUGGCUUUCAGGUACUUCGUGGUGAUGACGGUGAUACUAGAGGUGAUGAAAUUAUUUUGCUCACGGACGGAGAGGACAGCAGUAUUAACACUUGUUUUACAGAGGUGGAGCAAAGUAGAGCCAUAAUCCACACAAUCGCUUUCGGGCCAAAGGCAGACAAGGAUCUAGGGCAGCUUUCAGCAAAGACAGGAGGUCUACAGUUUGCAGCCACUGAUAAUGUGGACACAAAUGGACUAAUUGAUGCAUUCAGCAGAUUAGUAUCAGAAGAUGGUGACAUUAAUCAACAGUCAAUCCAGCUUGAAAGUACAGGAAGGAGUGUUGAUGGAAACAGUUGGUUUAAUGAUUCAAUUGUUGUUGAUAAAACUGUUGGAAACCACACACAUUUUGUGUUCACUUGGGAGGCAUCCACACCACAAGUAUUUGUACGUGACCCCAGUGGAAAGGUAUACAGCAACAAUGACUUUAUCAUAGAAGAGAACGUACACACCGCACGGCUCGAAAUUGAAGGCACUGCACAGGAUGGAACUUGGACUUACGAUAUCAUGAAUACUGGAAAUAAGCAGCAAGUAACAGUUACAGUAACAUCCCAAGCAGCGGAUGAGAACAUUCCCCCUGUCACAGUCAACACAAAAAUCAACAGAAAGCAUCCCUCUGCUCCAGUGGUUAUUUAUGUGAAAGUCUCCCAAGGAUUUUUACCAGUCUUAUCUGCAAGUGUGAUAGUCACUGUUGAAUCACCCACGGCUCAUAAAAAAGAUGUGGAGCUUUUAGAUAAUGGUUCAGGUGCUGAUAUUGUCAGCAAUGAUGGGAUUUACUCUAAGUAUUUCCUGCCAGCUACUGAAAAUGGAAGGUACAACUUCAAGGUGCGGGUAUCGGGAAAGGAAGGGUCUACCACGAAGACAAACAGAACAGAUGGGAGUGCCAUGUACAUACCAGGAUACACAGAAAAUGGUGUUAUCCACACAAAUCCUCCAAAGCCUCCAGUUAGUAAUGAAGAUUCUGCAGCUCAAAUAGGAAUCUUCAGCAGGGUGAAAUCAGGAGGAGCACUUUCAGUUCCCCCCGGUACACCUAUCGUCAACUUUCCACCGUGCAAAGUUACAGACCUUUAUGCAGCCAUAGAAAAAGAUAAUAUUGAGCUGCAGUGGACAGCACCAGGAGCAGACUUGGAUCAAGGAAUAGCCUCCUACUAUGAGAUGAGAAUGAGUGAGAAUCUGCUGCAGCUACGGGACAGUUUCUCAGGAGCUGAACAGGUUAAUUUGACAAUUUUGAAACCGCAACCAUUUGGCUCCAAAGAAACAUUUACAAUUGCCAUUGGAAGUACAGAACUUAAAAACACAACCAUGCUUUAUUUCGCUUUAUGUGCUUAUGAUGAAAAGGAUCAGUCUUCUGAGAUGUCCAAUGUUGCCAGGGUUUCUGUCUUUGUGCCUUCGCUUAACAAACCAGAGGACAAUAAAGUACAGGUUCUGCACAGUAUUUGGAUUGCAGUAGUAGUGGCAGUAAUUGUAUGUUUGAUUAUUGGGAUUACUGUUUAUGUUGUGCAGAAGAAGUGCAAAAGGAGGUUGCCAUAAGCAGCACCAGCAUAUUGUCAAUGGAACAGCUGAGUUUACUAAUCUGAACAUUUACUUUAUUCUGAGUUAUAAUUGUAGCAGGCUAGUCUGAAGAUCUUCUGAGACAACUGUAGUCACUCCCAGACAACUGGAAGACCUUCCUUGGAAAUUCAGUCCAAGUUAGUAGCUUAGCCUAUUGGGGUUGAUCAAAGGGUUGCAUGCUUUAGAUUGGUGAUACUGAUUUUGGAGGAUGUUGUGGAAUUUUACUGGUGUAGAAUCUGUAUCAUGGAGUUAUCUUGAUGUAGCUCUGUACCAAUAAAAACAAUAUUUUCUGGAAUGUUAGCAUUAGUUUAUUUUAUGAUACCACCUUUUAGG